AUGGAUCCUGUCCUGCGCCGUGCAGGCGCGGCCGGUGGCCUGGACCCGGCCACAGCGAUGAAGUUCGACGCGGCGCUGUGUGAGUUGGAUGAGGCGUCGAGCGCCGCCCCCGACACGCCGCUGCCCCAGGAGCAGCUGUUGCAGCUUCAGCACAUCCUCCGCGCCAGCUGCGAGCGCGGCCGCGACGCCGCGCCGUUCAGGUCGGCGUUCGCGGCGGCGGGGGUGCGGGGGCUGCUUAUUGGGUUCCUCAGCCCCACAUUGCCGCAUCAGGGCGGCCACCGGCGGCAGCAGAUUGCCCGCACGCCCGGCAUGCUGCAAGCCCUGUGCGGCUGCAUUCGCCGCUGGCCUGACGACCCCAUCAUCGCCGACGCCGCGGCGACCGCCAUCGAGCUGAUGAUGACAUGCCAUGAGCUGCGCCCUGUCGCCCUCCAGACGCCACAUCUGGUGGACUCGCUCUGCGCCGCCGCGGCGCGGUCCAAGGGCAGCAGCCGCGGCUUCAGCGUCGCGCUCGCGCCGCUCUGGGGGCUCAUCGCCGCAGGCGGGCCGCCGGUCGCGCUGCGCGCAGUGUCAGAGCCGGGCCUCGUGCGGGCGGCGGCGCGCGCGGCGGUCAGCGCAGAUGGCGGCCACCUCCGUGAGCCCGCACACGCGCGCGCCCUCGGCUUCCUCUCAGAGGCUCUGCGCCAGCUGCUGCUGCCCGGGGCGGCGGGCGGCGAGGGCGCCUACCUCCGCGCCGCGGCGACGCCGGGCGUCGCCGACGCGGCGGCGCGCAACGUGGCGCACGAGACGUCGCUGCACAUGCUCAUGCCCGCGACCAAGCUCCUCAGCAUCCUGCUGGAGCACCAUGGCUCCCGCGCCGCCGCCGCGCGCGCGGCGCUCGACGCCGGCGCGGCGCCCGCGCUGCUGCGCCUGACAGCCCACGCGCGAGACGACGUGCGCAUGUGGGCGGCGCACUGCGUCGCCAUCCUCGCCAACGUGGGGCCCGCGCGGGCCGACCUGCUUUUGCGCCCCGCCGCGCUGCCCGCGCUCGCGGCCGCGAUCCGGCGGCCCGGCGCGGGGGCGCCGCCGGACGGCUGCGCCGCGUUUGCGAUGGAGGCGGCGGCAAACCUCGUCGCGGCCGACCCGGCCGCAGCGGCGGCGUUUCUGGCCAUCGCGCUGCCAGGCGGCGUCCUGCCUGCUUUUGCCCGUCAUCUUGACGACCCGCAGGACGUCGUCUCAAUUUUCGCCGCCCGCACCCUGGCAGCCCUCACAGAGGCAGCCGCCGCCGCUGGCCCUGCCCGCCUCGCUGCCACCGCCGCCGCGCCGGGGCUGGUUGCAGCGGUCGGCGCGGGGCUUGCGCGCGUGGUCCAACACGGUGAGGGCGCGGUCGUGUCGCCGAGCGCGCGGCCGGAGGAGCGGCCGAGCCGGGCAGAGGCUGUGUUGAUUGUCAGCGAGACCGCGGGGCACCUGGCUGAGUCGCUCGACCGCCUGACUUCCACGGGCCCGGCGGCGGUGGCGGCGCUGGGAGGGGUGGAGGGGCUGGAGGCGGCGCUGGCCGAGUUUGCAGGCGCCCCUUGGACGUUGGACGAGGACGCGGCCGCCGCGGCGCGCGUACUGCGGUGA